AUGAGGAAUUGCCCCCCCGACCACAAUACGGCAUCUGAUACCCCGGAGGUGAAGGAGAAGGCGGAUCCCCUUGCAGCGGAUCCGGGUCUCGAAAUUGAUGCAGUCACCAACAAGCGACUCUUCUGGAAGAUCACUCGGCGCAUUCUCGUCAUUCAGGUGAUCACCUACUUCUGCCAGUCGCUCGACAAGGGAAUCUUGAAUUAUGCCUCUAUCAUGGGCAUUAAGACCGAUGCCCACCUUGUGGGACAAGAAUAUUCAUGGCUCGGGACCAUCCUGUAUAUCGGCAUUCUUGUGGGUGAGUACCCUCAGAAUUUCCUGCUGCAAAAAUUUCCCUUAGCGAAGAUGCUCUCCAUAAAUGUGUUCCUUUGGGGCGCUGUAGUGGCAUGUUCUGCUGCCUCGACCCACUUUAGAUCGUUGAUGGCUGUUCGGUUCCUCUUGGGUUUCUUUGAAAGCUGUGUUCAGCCAGCUAUGAUGCUUCUGACUGCGAUAUGGUAUAAGAGGGAGGAGCAAUCAGUCUUGAAUGCGAUCUGGUAUUGCAUGUCCGGUGUAUCCUUGAUGAUCGGUGGCCUUCUUGCCUUCGGAGUAUCGCAUUUCAAGAACGGUCCGAUCAAGAACUGGCAACUUUUGUUCCUAGUUCUGGGUCUGGCCACAUGCGUCUGGUCCUUCUUCAUCGCCACCCUUCUGCCCGAUAACCCCCUGACAGCAAAAUGCUUCAGUGAAGAGGAUAGAAAACUGAUGAUUGAGCGGGUACGAGAGAAUGAAACCGGUAUUCAGAAUAGAGAGUACAAGAGAUACCAAAUUGUCGAGGCCUUCAAGGACCCAUUUGUCUGGUGCUGCGUUUUGCUUAUCACUGUGGCUAACCUCGUCAUUGGUGGCCUCGGUGUAUUUUCCAACCUCAUAAUCACCCAAUUCGGCUUCAGUCUCUUGCAAACUCAGCUGCUCAAUAUUGCCCAGGGAGCAUGGACCAUUUUGAUCAUGCUCGGAUCUGCAUGGGCAUCUCAAAGAUUCCAGCAGACCUGCUUCGUUAUGAUUAUAUGUGCAGUUCCUGCUCUGGUCGGAACGACUGUGAUCCUAGUCGUUACCCCGACUGCUUCCAAUGCAGGCGGCAUGCUCAUCGCUUUUUACUGCACACAAUUCUUCCUCGCCGAGGGCAACAUGAUUAUCUCGCUAAUUACUCGCAACGUGGCGGGUCAGACCAAGAAGGGUAUUACCAUGACCAUGGUCUUCGUUGGCUGGGCCGUCGGUAAUCUCAUUGCUCCCCAAAUCUUCCAAAGCAAAGAUGCCCCCCGAUACCUGCGUGGUUUCCUAACACAUAUAGUGGUUUACGCUGUUUAUGUUGCUCUGGUGCUUUUGACACGAAUCAUUUUGAUGGCGCGGAAUCGCUGCAAGAUUCAAAGUUCCACGGAAAUCUCGCAUGAAUUGGCAUUCCAGGAUCUUACCGAUUGUGAGAAUCCAAACUUCCGAUAUGUAUACUAG